GGGUCAGGGGUGAGCGGCUCCCAACGUCACCAGCUUACAAGAUGGCGCUGAGAGGAAGGCUGUGAGAUAAGAAACGGGCUGCUAUAAGCCGGGAGGACAGGCGAGGAGCGAGGAGGCGGCGGCGGAGAAGGGGGUGGAAGAGGUGGCUGCGACGGGGGACCCUCCCGGGAAAAUCCCCUGGCCCCAAGCAUGCCGGCGAAAAGGUAAUGUUGCCUGUUGCCCCAGGGCGAACUCCCCCUGUUGGUAGCUGAGUGACCCCCCGCUGGUUCUUCCUUCAGCAUCUCUACCAGCUACGUUCUAUUGAUGGCCUGUUGUGAUUUCAAUGGAACAUCCUGGGAGGGACCUGGCACGACGGGCACCAUUGGAAGGAGGUGCCUUUUAGCCCAAUGUACCUGGCAUGGUAAUAAAGUAAACGGGGAAAGGAAGAGAAGGUGGAGAUGGAACUGCCAAAUCAUGCCAAACAACUGCUGCUGCAACUAAACCAGCAACGAGCCAAAGGUUUCCUCUGUGAUGUGAUCAUUGUCGUUGAAAAUGCCCUCUUCCGUGCCCACAAGAAUAUCCUCGCAGCCAGCAGCAUGUACUUCAAAUCCCUCGUCCUGCACGACAACCUGAUCAACCUAGAUACCGACAUGGUCAACCCCACAGUGUUCCGGCAAAUCUUGGACUUUAUUUAUACUGGGAAGCUCUUAAUGACCGACCAGCCUGGUGAACAGAACUUCAAUGCUCUCCUCACGGCCGCAAGCUACCUCCAGCUACCUGACCUAGCUGCCCUCUGCAGGAAGAAGCUGAAACGCAAUGGGAGGUCCUUCGCUGGCAGGGCCGGCGGUGCCCCCAGCGUCGGGAGACCCCCUCGGAGUCAGAGACUUUCCACUGCUUCAGUCAUCACUCGUUAUUCAGGGUCAGCCGAGGGGCUGAAGGGCUCUCACUUGAAGGAGAUGCCAAAGGGGAAGAUCUCGGACGACGAGGUCUUCAUCAGCAGCUCCAACCAAGAGAACUCGCAUGCCUUGAGUAGGGGGAUCGGCAAGAACGGCGGAGACGGGAGCAGCAGCAGUGCAAACGGGAGCAGUGGGGACCAGGAGCUGGGCCUCGACCUGUCCAAGAAAAGCCCCUCACUUCCCCCGGCACCAUCCCAGGACGACACGCCGCACGGCGAAAGCCAGCGUGGCUCCCCCCGACCUGCCUCAGCCCCUGCAGCCAACAGUGCCUCAUCGUUUGACGAGUCCGCCGCCGGAGCCGCGCCCAACCUCCCCGACAAUUGCGAACCGAUGGAAAUGGACUUGAGCGAAGACCGCCAGUCCCUCCCGGAAGGCAGCCAGAGGAAAAGCCUGCGCCAUUCGUCGCGCAAGAAGGAGUGGCUCAAGAAAGACAUCACCUUUGAUAGGAAGGAGGGCGGCAAAGGUGGCGAGGAGGGCGAGGGACUGCCCAACGGUAUCCUGAUGGGCCCCUUGUGCAAGUCGGCGGAGAGGAGCCUCGGCCUGGGCGCCUAUGGGUCGGAGCUGCCAUUCACCUGCAAAGAGGAUGUUGAGAACGGGAAGGAGAACAGCGAUGACAGCGGGCAGAGCGAGAGCGAGAGUGGCGGGCACACUAGCGCCAACUACGUCUACCGGCAGGAAGGCUAUGAGCCGGUGGCCUUUGGGGACAACCUUUACGUCUGCAUCCCUUGCGGGAAGGGCUUCCCCAGUUCCGAGCAGCUGAACGCCCACGUGGAGAAACACACCGAGGAAGACCUGUACAUCAAGGAGGAAGGGACGUACGACGACAAAGAGGAGGAAGCGGAGGAUCUGUCCAACCCCAACCAGCCCUACACCACGGAGUCCCGGCCCUUCAAGUGCUCUGUGUGCGAGAAGAGCUACAAAGACCCGGCCACUCUCCGGCAGCACGAGAAGACUCACUGGCUGACGCGGCCUUUCCCAUGCAAUAUCUGCGGCAAGAUGUUCACGCAGCGGGGCACCAUGACGCGUCACAUGCGCAGCCACUUGGGCCUCAAGCCCUUUGCUUGCGAGGAGUGCGGGAUGCGCUUUACCCGGCAGUACCGACUGACAGAGCAUAUGCGCGUCCACUCAGGGGAAAAGCCCUACGAAUGUCAGCUGUGUGGUGGGAAGUUCACCCAGCAGCGCAAUCUCAUCAGCCACCUGCGAAUGCAUACCUCUCCUACAUAAAGCCAAAGACUCUGCAAUGAGCUCUGAGCCCACCCGCCAUAAACAUAUACCUUUCCCUAGACUUGCUGCUUUAAAAAAAAAAGAAAAAGAAAGAAAGAAAGAAAUAAGGGUCGUUUCCCGUCCCUGUUCAGUCAUGGGGGGGCCUCAAACAAGCAGAGCUUUAUUUCUUUCUCUUCCCCAUUGUGUCCCCCCCAAACUCCAAAUAUACAAAGAAAAGCCAGCCCACAAAGAAGCUGCUGUCUCCCCAUUUGCGUUUUUCUCCCCCAUGCCACCCACCCACCCCUCUUUUUUUCUUUUCUUUUUUUCUUUGCCUUUUAGGUCAAGAAAUGCCACUACUCUGCUUAAGGUUGUGGGGACAUCUAGCUUAACUAUAAGCCCAGGUGUGGAGAGAAAAGAGGGGGUGAGGUGGAAGAAAUUCCUUCCCAAUUGAUGCUAAUUGGAAAUGGCAGCCCAAAGGGGCCGAUCCUUGCGAUUGGGGUGGGGAGGAAGACAGGCCGUAAGCUGCUUCACAUCCCUCACUUUCCUUUCUUAGCACUUUGGAUUUCCGUUUCUAAAACUUGACCCAAGUAUUAUUCUCCCCCCCACCCCCAA